CGAAGCGUGAAAUAUAUCUCUAUAUAUACAUGGGUGGCGAGAGCGGCGACACCAAAUCCUUUCUUUCCUCUCUCUCCCUCAUAUCUAUAAGGGCAAAUCUCCCGCCGGUCCCAUUCUUCUUGACGCACAGAAAGAGAGGAGACUCGGAGAAGACAUGGCUUUGCCGAACCAGCAGCAGGUUGAUUAUCCAAACUUCAAACUGGUCAUUGUUGGUGAUGGCGGAACUGGAAAGACAACUUUCGUUAAGCGGCACCUUACCGGAGAGUUUGAGAAGAAAUAUGAGCCAACAAUUGGCGUAGAGGUUCAUCCAUUGGACUUCUUCACAAAUUGUGGUAAAAUUAGGUUUUACUGCUGGGACACUGCAGGACAAGAAAAGUUUGGUGGCCUUCGGGAUGGAUACUACAUCCAUGGGCAAUGUGCCAUUAUCAUGUUUGAUGUAACUGCUCGUUUAACAUACAAGAAUGUUCCAACAUGGCAUAGAGAUCUUUGUCGGGUGUGUGAGAAUAUUCCUAUAGUUUUAUGUGGUAACAAGGUUGAUGUGAAGAACAGACAGGUGAAGGCAAAGCAAGUCACCUUCCAUAGGAAGAAGAACCUUCAGUACUAUGAGAUUUCUGCAAAAAGCAAUUACAAUUUUGAGAAACCUUUUCUCUACCUUGCCAGAAAGCUCGCCGGAGAUCCUAACUUGCAUUUUGUUGAGUCACCUGCACUUGCUCCACCAGAAGUAGAGAUUGAUCUUGCAGCACAAAGAGAGCAAGAAGCUCAGUUAUCUGCAGCAGCAGCACAGCCGCUUCCAGAUGAAGAUGAUGAUUUGCUCGAUUAAUGAUUAGCUCCUAAGACAGUCCCCUGAGCCUUAUUUAUUCACGAGACUAGUCCUUUUCUGUUAAUAGACGUACCUGGAGUUUUGUGCCUUAUUUGUUCUCGAGGCUAGUGCUUUUUUGUUUAAUAGACAUGUACCUGGAGUUUUGUUGUGAUCUUUGUUAGUGUAUUGCGAGUUCAUACUUUGUGCUUGCUCUUUACAUUCUUGUUAUGCGGAACAUCUCGAUACUUUUUCUUAAGAAAAUGGUUAUGUGAAAUUUUGCUAGUUUA